CCGCGGAGGGAAUGGCCACAGCCUGCUGGGAUCAAUGUGAAUUACCAGCUGCCGAUCUCGCUGUUGACAGUAAAAGCAGAUAUGUUCCUUGCUCCCUGCUAUUAGCACUGACCAUGACCCUUCACACCAAAACCUCUGGAGUUACUCUGCUGCACCAGAUUCAAGGCACUGAACUGGAGACACUGAGCAGACCUCAGCUGAAGAUUCCCCUGGAAAGAUCGCUCAGCGACAUGUACGUGGAGAGCAACAAGACAGGAGUUUUUAACUACCCAGAAGGAGCCGCUUAUGAUUUCGGUACUACAGCUCCAGUGUACAGCUCUACAACUCUCAGUUAUGCCCCUACUUCUGAAUCUUUUGGGUCCAGCAGUCUGGCAGGAUUUCACUCACUGAACAAUGUUCCACCAAGCCCAGUGGUGUUCCUGCAAACGGCGCCCCAACUCUCACCCUUCAUCCACCACCACAGCCAACAGGUACCCUAUUACCUUGAAAACGAACAGGGCAGCUUUGGGAUGAGGGAAGCUGCUCCUCCAGCCUUCUACAGGCCAAGCUCUGACAGCAGGUGCCACAAUGUCCGGGAGAGGAUGUCCAGUACAAACGAGAAAGCGAGCCUGCCCAUGGAGUCAACCAAGGAGACGCGGUACUGCGCCGUCUGCAACGACUACGCUUCGGGCUACCAUUACGGUGUCUGGUCUUGUGAGGGCUGCAAAGCUUUCUUCAAAAGGAGUAUUCAAGGGCACAAUGACUACAUGUGUCCUGCUACUAACCAGUGCACCAUUGACAAGAACAGAAGAAAGAGCUGCCAGGCUUGCCGACUAAGAAAAUGCUAUGAAGUGGGGAUGAUGAAAGGUGGGAUACGGAAGGAUCGCAGAGGUGGGCGAAUGAUGAAACAGAAACGACAAAGAGAAGAGCAGGAUUCCAGGAACGGGGAAGCUUCUUCUACAGAGCUGCGAGCUCCCACCCUUUGGACAAGUCCACUGGUGGUUAAACAUAACAAGAAGAAUAGUCCAGCCCUGUCCCUGACAGCAGAGCAGAUGGUCAGUGCCUUGCUGGAAGCUGAGCCACCCAUAGUUUACUCGGAAUACGACCCAAAUAGACCAUUCAAUGAAGCCUCUAUGAUGACCCUGUUGACCAACCUUGCAGACAGAGAAUUAGUGCACAUGAUCAACUGGGCAAAGAGAGUUCCAGGAUUUGUGGAUUUAACACUCCAUGAUCAGGUCCAUCUACUGGAAUGUGCCUGGUUAGAGAUACUGAUGAUUGGCUUAGUCUGGCGCUCCAUGGAACACCCAGGAAAGCUUUUAUUUGCACCUAACCUAUUACUGGACAGGAAUCAAGGGAAAUGUGUAGAGGGCAUGGUGGAAAUAUUUGACAUGCUACUGGCUACUGCUGCUCGGUUUCGCAUGAUGAACCUUCAAGGGGAGGAAUUUGUGUGCCUUAAGUCCAUCAUCCUGCUCAACUCUGGUGUGUACACUUUUCUGUCCAGCACUUUGAAAUCUCUGGAGGAGAGAGACUACAUUCACCGUGUUCUGGACAAAAUCACAGACACUCUGAUACACUUAAUGGCUAAGUCAGGUCUUUCUCUGCAGCAGCAACACAGACGACUGGCUCAGCUCCUUCUCAUCCUCUCUCACAUCAGACACAUGAGCAACAAAGGAAUGGAGCACCUCUACAACAUGAAGUGUAAAAAUGUGGUUCCACUUUAUGAUCUCUUGCUGGAGAUGCUGGAUGCUCACCGACUGCAUGCUCCAGCAGCCAGGAGUGCUGCACCUAUGGAAGAGGAGAACCGGAGCCAGCUGACAGCUGCAUCAGCUUCAUCUCAUUCCUUGCAGUCUUUUUACAUAAACAGCAAAGAGGAGGAGAAUAUGCAGAAUGCAAUGUAAACAAAGCCAGCAUGUGCAAUGGGAUGAGAAGCCCAGCAGCGUACUACCUAGCUCAUGCUUUGUCUGUAGUGCUACCUGUGUAAACACUCCAAUGACAACAGUCACCUGCAUUUUCCAUUUGAGUGUUUGUCAAGCACUUAACUAAGCUCGUUGCUUAUGCUAAAAGGAAGACAUUUCUUUGCUAUGGACAGCCAGCAGGCUAACCUGGUUUAAAAUCUGGAGUAUUUUUAAUUUUGCAUGUAAGUUAGGUAAAUCCUGAUCUAACCCUAACAUUAAUUUCACUAUGAAUGAAUAGGCCAUACCACCCAUGUGUAUUGGUAUCUUCAUGAGUGGUAGCUUCUGUUGAUAGUCACCUCAAAUUGUGAGCUUAUAUAAUCCUUUACUUGCUUGAAACAUUGAAGCAAUUUGGAAAAGAGUCUGGAUUACUUUCUCUGGCAGGGUAAAUGGAAAGCUGAUUGGCAUCUUAGUGUGUCAUAACGAAACUACACUUCUAGUGACUGGCUUGGUAGUUAAAGUAGAUUCCUACCUCUCUUCUUCUUGCAGCAGAAAGGAUCCCCUGCCUGAGAAUAAUUCUGAGUUAUCUUGCUGGCUUACAUCAGCAGACAACUCUCUCUCAAGAUUAUACUGGCCAGACUUUUAGGUUCCCUUACCAUACCCUUUAGCUGAAUUGCAUUGCAUGCAUACAAUCUCAUCCUAUCCUACAAAGCUAAACUGUUCUGUUGCUUGACAGUGUGUAAUUCAAGGGCAACGCAGCAAACACAGUAGUAACACAGAUGAUGACUCUACAUCACACGAUUAGAAAAAUCAUCAGGUCUUAAAAAGGUCUUCACACAUACCAUAAAAAAAACAAACAACUUCCUCCAUCCCUUGCUUUGUUAUGCUAAAACCCAAGGGGUGGGGAUGCUAGUGCAUGAGUGGCACAACAGGGCAGGAUGGUCUCACCCCCACAGCAGAGUGUGGUCCAGCCAUGUGUGGGGAGUGCUGUCAAUAUGGUAAGUGCAGAAGCCUUUGUGUUUACUUGGCUUUCUUUGGGUCCUGUUGAGGCACACCCAAAAUCACAGUUAAGAGCCAGCUCACCAGUGACACUAGAACUGGACAAUGAGCCUCAGACACGGUGGAGACUCUGCAACUGCACGUUCAGGAAAUAACUCUUUCUCUACGGAUGUGUCUAACUGUUUCCGCAUAAGGAUUAGUCAGAUUCUUCAGAUCAGAUAUUUAUAUACACAGAAGAUCUGCUAACAUCAAGAGUUUUGCCAAGACAAAGGAGAGAGACUGAAGAAGUCUAUAUUAUGUACUAUUCAGAUUAGGAGUCAGUGCUGCUGUUUGCCUCUGUGCUAGAAAACUAAACAUGUCAGGGAGCGCUGCUGGGUACUGGAGUGCAAUUAUUAUGUAUGCCAGGGAUAUUUUAUUAGUCUAAUGACAAACUUUGCCUGUGCUAUCAGCACUUCUGGUUUACAGGUGCAAUUUGGGAGUUAGCAUGGACCAGGGACUUUUCCAACAGCUGGUUGGAAGUGACCACCCCUGCAGUAAGAUUUCAUAGCAUUUGUAUAGGCUGCUCCACAGGAGCUCCUUAGGAGGUGGCCAGAGUGCUAGAAGAGGGUUUAGGGAUGCCUCUUGUACUGUGAUAGUUGAAAGCCUCAGAUUAUGUUGAUUGAAAUAUCCUGUUGCAACUACAUAUAGGAACUAGUGCAACUGAUACCACAGAAGAGUGCCUAUGUCUGCUGUGCUCCCUAUUACGGAAGCAGUCCGUGUGCAGCGAGAUCGAGUUAGCAGCUGUGAAGCCAGCAAGGCAUAGGACAAGUUUGUGCUUCAAGUCAAGGAUUUGAUGCUUGAGUAAAUGUACAUAAUGAUGUCUGUAACCAUUUCAUGUACAUAUUCAAGGACACACAGUUUAAAAGUCAAACGGUAGCUGUUACCUAUGCUUGAGGCGAUUCCUCCCGAACUGUGCAGCCUACACAUGUGAAGCAGGCACUGUAAGUGAACAGGUCUUUUAUUGUUGCCUAUUAGAUUUUUUUUUCUGAAUGUGCUACAGGACUUAAUCUUUUUGUGUGUGUUUGUGCAAAGGUGGUACGUAAGGGCUUCUGGAGGGCUCCUGAGAGUCUUGAAAGAAAAGGCAUUUUGGUGGUUUGUGUGGUUGUUUUGGUGGUUUUGUUUUAGUAGCCGUUUUACAAAUGUGUUAGAAAAUAACAUGAGUGCCCUGAAAUGGGUGCAGGCUAAGAUCUCAAUGGAGCACAGAAAUCCCUCUAGCUACACUGGUGUGCUUACACUGUCAUCAUUCACUUGCAAUCCAGUGUGAGUCAGAGCUGCUUUUUAAACUCUGUACGUGCAACUUGGUGUUCUCUGGGAUGGAACACAGAUCAAGCUCAUAAGCUGCAAGGCAAAUGGCUUUAAAUGAAUGCCUCCCUUCCUAUAUUCCAGAAUAGUUUAUUACAUUGACUCAAGUGUGAAUUUGGCAUAGAGUAAAAAAAAGUAUGUAAUGGAGAGCAAAUCACAACACGGAAGCAGAUGCUGAUGGUACUUUACACAGGGCGAGUAUCAGCACACUCUACAGGUUUUCCUGGUGAAGCUGGGUGUGAUUUGAAGUGGUGUUCAGCAGAGUGGUACCAUGUAUCUUGGAACACAUUUUAAUUAUGAUUGCUUUCCUAGGCUUAGCCCUUGGAAGGAGGUAAUUUAUAGUCAAACAGUCCUCCUGUGUUUAUGGUGACAACAGAAAACUGAUUCCCAGUAAUGCAUUCAUUUACCUUGGGGCAGUUUCAGGAUCUGUGUCAUUAACUCAUUCAUGAGACUUUAAUUGGAGCAGCCCCUUAAGGAAUGUAGUACCCUUCCCGUAGUUAUUUAUGAAGACCCCGUAUCAGACAGCUGAAUGUAGCUAUUUGAUCAAUUAGACAAUGGCCAUGAGAUGAAAACAACUCUUUUCUCCUGCGCACUGCUACAUUGUGCUCUGGUGUACGCCAGCAAUUGUGCCUGACAUUUGGUCAUUCUGAUUCACAGGAUACUGGCCUAUGUAUGUCUGUGUGUAUAUAUACAUAUAUAUACUUCAUAUUUGCAGCUGACAAACCAGUACUACCUGCAUACUUGGUGCUGGACAGUAAAUAAAAUACACAGCAUGUAAACAAACAAUAUUAAAAGAAAACUGUUCAAGGCAGCUAAUUAUGCUUUAACCAAAACAUUCAGAGUGCUGUCUCUGGACAGCUAACGCAAGAAGUGUUGUGUAAUGUUUCGAAGUGGAUAAAACCCAAACCAACCACCACACACAAACCCCCGCCCCGAAACAAAGGCGAGGUAGUAUGGGCACAGCCAGACAGGGCUGGAGCAGGUGAACUGGCUUUACUGGCGCCUAUGGCCGCUACUGACCCGCCCGGGAGGCAGGGGAAGGGAGGGGAUGCGCUGCAGCCGGAGUGGCGGCCGAGUUUCCAGCAACGUGCGACAGCUGCUCUGCUGUGCAGUGCUUUGAGCCGUGUCUCGAUGCUGCAGAUUUUGUCUCAGGUAAAAGUCCCAACUGGGGCAGGAGGGUUUGUACUGAGCUAAAACAACGCUGAUGAGUUUUUUUGGUGUGUGUUUGUGGUAAACUUACUGCUAUGUUGCAGUAAAAUCUCUUGAUAUAUUUUCUCCUUCUGUACACUGAGGGGUUUAAUAACUUAAAACUAUAAUUCAAGAGAUAAUCCAAGCUGAGAUCCCAAGUCUACUGCAAUGCCUAGCAGCAGGUCCCUGCCCUCUAAAUAAAAAAAUCAAUGCACCUUUGUCCAAAGCAGGGCCUGCACUGGAGCCUCCAGCCCUUCCAGCUGGUGCCCACUGAUUCCUCGAGAAGUGUGCCAAACGCUUAAAAAGAACCAAGCUACCAGCAAAGCAAGAAUCCUGCCUCACUGGAGCCUUAGUCUUGCCAUAAGCUUUGUGUGUAUAGAAUAUUCUGCUUUCAAAUCAGAAUGCAACCCAACCUGAAGCUAAAGGGACUUUGUACAUAGGGGUAUUCUCAGCUGAACUUGAUGUGCAUUUCUUACUUCGAAUAAAGCUGGCUGUUUCCCAUGCUAUCUGCAACUGUAAUACAGCUUUACAGACAGCAAUUCAGCAGGUGUGAAAAGAAAGGGCCAUGUUAAUGACAGGGCUGUAACACAGUCUUUGCUGUCAACUUGCAGUUGCUCUGCAACUAUAGCAUAGUUUUAAAUUGAUACAAACAUUUAAAAUUACUCUUUCUCUAGCAUGGAUGUCCUACCCUUUUUACUCAGAAUCUCCCUUUCGUCUUUCAAAUGCCUAAUAAGCUGAAACUUGUUUUCAAAGUGAUUGUUGCCCAUGAGGGUGUUCAAUUUUGCACUGUGUUAAAGAAAAAAGAAUAAAAUUUUGCAUUCAGAUGUGCCUAAAGAAACAAAGGGGGUUAAAAAUGGAACCAAAUGCCUAUGCUGCCACCUUGCAAAUUUGUGUGCUUUCUACUCCCAUGUGCCUAUAAUUAGAGGUCUGUUUCUUCAGAAAGUGCCCACUGGAAACUGAAGGCAUAGACUGCUGGUCACAAGACUCGCAUCAACAAGCCACUUUAUGGAUCACCUUACUGUAUAUACUAUGAAACUAAAGCUUUUGUGUGCACUACGUAGUCUUGCCAAUGGAAAGUCCUUUCUUUGGUAUAUGCUCAGCUGCCACAGUGUAUUUCUUGAAGUAUUCUGUACUUUCACUCGUGCAUAUACAAUUGAUGUCUUUGUUUGGGUGAGAUUUUGUUUUAUUCUGUACCUAAAAAAAAGUUUUUCAGGAAGUCUACAUGCAAAAUGUGGUAGGCUACCUGAUUGGUGCAAGAUUUUUAUCAGUGUAGUUGAUGUUGGAAAUAAAGAAUUAACCUGAA